CGCGUGGGGAGGGGCGGGGGAGGAGGGGCUGGAGGUUGUUGAGCUGUUUUAGAGGUGGAUGUGCCGAGCUGGGCGAAGGGACACCAGAGACCCCUGAGCCGGGGUCAGUCGCCUUUCUCUUCCCGACUCCGCGACAUUUUCGGUGCUAUCCGUUUUAUCCAGACCCAAGUGACAGAAAAUGCCCUUCAAUGACGAGAAGCAGUGUGUGGGUGAGGACCAGCCAAGCGACUCAGACUCUGCAAGGUUUUCGGAAAGCAUGGCUUCGCUCAGCGACCACGAAUGCUCCAGGCAAAGCUUUACCAGCGACUCCUCCAGCAAAUCCAGCUCUCCUGCUUCAACGAGCCCUCCUAGGAUUGUAACAUUUGAUGAAUUCAUGGCUGCAACAAGGAAUUUAACAAACUUGACUCUUGCUCAUGAAAUUGCUGUAAAUGAGAACUUCCAACUGAGACAAGAUGCCCUCCCAGAGAACAGCUUGGUUGGCCGAGUGAAGCAUAUUGUUCACCAAGCCUUCUGGGACAUCUUGGAAUCAGAACUAAGCGCUGAGCCCCCUGAGUACGAGCAUGCCAUCAGACUGUUUGAAGAAAUUAGAGAGACACUUCUCUCUUUCCUGACUCCUGGUGGCAACCGGCUUCGUAAUCAGAUCUGUGAAGUUUUGGAUACAGACCUCAUUAGGCAACAGGCUGAGCACAACGCUGUGGACAUCCAGGGCCUGGCCAACUAUGUCAUCAGUACAAUGGGAAAACUCUGUGCUCCUGUGCGAGACGAUGAUAUCAGAGAGUUGAAGGCCACCAGCAACAUCGUGGAGGUGCUGAGACAAAUAUUCCAUGUCCUGGACCUCAUGAAAAUGGACAUGGCCAAUUUUACAAUUAGGAGUAUCAGACCACACCUUCAACGCCAGUUGGUGGAAUAUGAGAGAAGCAAGUUCCAGGAAAUCUUAGAGGAAACUCCAAGUGCUCUCGAUGAAACUACAAAAUGGAUAGAAGAAUCUGUCAAUGAAGAGCUGCUUUCUCUUUCUGAGACUGCUUUAACUCCUGGAGCAGAAAGCAGCUCCAAGCCAAGCCUGAGUCCUACACUGGUGCUAAACAACAGUUACUUGAAGCUGUUACAGUGGGAUUAUCAGAAAAAAGAAUUACCAGAGACACUCGUGACAGAUGAAGCACGUCUUCAGGAACUGACAGAAAAGCUGAAUCAAUUGAAAAUUAUCGCCUGUCUUUCCCUAAUUACCAACAACAUGGUGGGUGCUAUUACAGAAGGCGUGCCUGAGCUUGCAAACAGGUUAAAAAGGAUUUCAGCUGUUCUCCUUGAAGGCAUGAACAAAGAGACCUUUAACAUGAAAGAAACCCUGAACUCAGUCGGCGUUCAGACUUGUGUUGAGGUCAACAAGAGCCUGACGGACAGAGGGUUACCCACUUUAAAUGCCGAGGUGCAAGCUAAUCUCGUAGGUCAGUUUUCAAGCAUCGAGGAACAGGAUCAUCCUAUUAGGACCUUGAUUGACAAACGAAUCCAACAAUAUAUGAAAAGCCUACUUUGUCUUCCAAGCCCUCAAAAAUGUCUGCCUCCUAUGCCAGGAGGCCUUGCUGUCAUUCAGCAGGAGCUAGAAGCACUGGGCUCUCAAUAUGCAAGCAUUGUGAAUCUCAACAAGCAAGUGUAUGGACCAUUUUAUGCAAAUAUAUUUCGAAAGCUGCUCUUCAGCGAGGAAGCCGAGGGGAAGGGCCUUGCCUCACCUCCUUCCAGCUAAUGUGGAACUGGCAUUGGAUAGGAGAUCGGAAAACCAGCACUCCAGCACCCAGUCCCUUCCAUCAAUGGCAUUAUGGAUGUGGCACAUUCUCAGUGCCAUCUGGGGUGUAAUUCAGUAAUGGUAGCAUUACAGAAGACAUGCGCAUCACAUAGACCCUAUUUGUGCAUCAUUUUUAUGUUUAAAACAGAUUUUUUUAAAGAACAAAGCAAUUUGUAAUGAAUUAUAUUACCUAUGUAAGACUUCUAAAUGUCUUCUUAAGCACUUAGACUUGGCUUAUUCUUUCAACUCAUUAAGAGUUGUUUGCUCCCUUAGUUAUUCUUAAAUCUAAUGAUUUUUAAUUCGGGCACAACUUCUUGAAAGUGGUAAGAAUAGCCGAGGGAACUAUUGUUCUGAAUAAAUGAAUUACAAUUACAUUUUGUUCAUGUGUAUUAGAAACUUACACAGUAAGUCCUAAAAUUGCACAAAAGUACCAAAUCAUAUUUGGUGAUAUCAAUUGUCAGUAUUUAUUUAGAAUUUGAGUUUAUUAAGUACAUUUUAAUGCUGUAUACAGAUCCUAGGGAAAACUUCUCUUCUAAACUUGUAGAAAUUUGUUUCUUACAAUCCAUCUGCUCUCUGGGAGAAAUGAGUUUUGCACAAAUCUCUUUGUGAACGUCCUUGAAUUUCUCAGGCCAUUGAUAGGAAUUCACUAUUUUCUAUGUAAGGCAGGACUGGUUUGAAUUGAUUUACUUAUUAGAAGAUAAAAGGAAGCUAACAAUAAAAUAGGAGCCUAUUCUCUUAUGAAGUUCACAUCUAAAAAUUUGUAUUUUUUUAACCAUAUGUAACUUUGUUAGCAAAUACCUUUUGUGCGGAUUGAAUCCUUACCACGUUAGGACCAAGAUGCUGUUCUCAGUAUCAUUGUCAUUAGCAGUAGGCUUGGGCAUCAGAGCCUGAGUGCUAACGCUCACGGGGAUUCUAGAGAACCCUACGUGAUCAGGAGUGCUGAGGGAAGUGCUGCAACUUGGGGAUGUUCAUUUGGAUUGAUUUUUUUUUUUCACUAAGAACUCAGUGAAUCUUAGUGACUUGGUAGGGAAAAAUACAUAGGAAAUAAAAAGGAAUAUUUCUUUUUUCCCCCAGCUCCCAUUUCCUCAGCACAACCUCACCCCGUGGAGCGUUGCUUCAUUACUCCAUGAAGUUCUAGGAAACAGUUGUGGCAAUGAAUCGGCUGCAGCCUUCACUUUUUGGGGAAUGUGUCAACAUUUUAAGAAAUUUUAUUAUUCACAAUUCCCAAAUGUGGCAGUCCUUUUAUCCGUGUGGUUAGCUGUGUGUCCAUGGAAUCCUACUGAAGAACACAGCAUUGGUCUUACCCGUAGCUUUUCCCUCUGCUUAGAAACCCGAAGGUGCUGAAAACUUGUACUGUCAUUUUCUCUUGGAGCUCAAGUAGUUUAGAACUGUGCUCAGCUUGGGCUGUGGGCGGCAGGGAGGCUCUGGCGUGCGAAGAUAACGUUGAUGCCAUGUAAGUGGUUGCUUUCUGAGGAGAGCUGUGUUGUUAACACGUGCUAUGCUUUUUAUUGUCAGGCUGCAAUCUAGCCGAUACUCUUUUAUAUACUUGAUUAUACUGCAGUUGCCUGCAGGGAAACCAUGUGCAAACAUUUUUAAAAAUACAUUUAAAAUGAAGGGCAUUCUGCUUUUUUUUUUUUUCCUUUUAAAGUGGCAAAGUCAAUUUCAAUGUCUCAAGUCUGGAUUUAAGCAACUGCAUUUAUUAUCACUUUUUAAUCAUAUCCUUUAGCAUGCUGUUUAUUUAGUUUUUACUUAAAUAUUUACCUAUACUUUUGAGGUUUUCCUAACAUGGUCAUGUUUUGUAAUGUAAGUUUUAUUAAACACCAUAUACAUCUAUUUCAUUCUUCUGCUAAAACAUGUAUUGUGUGCAUUCAUCUAAAUUUUAAAAUAUUAAGAAUUAUUUCAAGAUAA